CAGCAUGGUAUGCAUACUGGAGAUGUGGAAACCAUGUAGCAGAAAGCUUUGAGCAGUUGUGGAUUAUCAGUUUCUCCCAACAGCAAUAAAAAGUGAAGAAUGAAGGUGACUGGAUUUAUUUCCCUAUGGACGUUGGUUUCACUGCCUUGUGGCCGGUUAGCAAAUCCUGCAGAACAUGAAGAUGUAGUAAAGCAUGCCAUAAAGCUGCACCGUGGGAAAGGAGCUGUUAUCACUCAGAGAAAGCAGUGGAUGUUGGAGAGCUGCAGAAAACUGUCUGGUCUUCUUCGCCAAAAGAAUGUUGUUCUCAACAAACUAAAAAAUGCUAUAAGAGCAGUUGAGAAGGAUGUGGGACUGUCAGAUGAAGAGAAACUUUUUCAGGUGCAUACCUUUGAAAUUUUCCAAAAGGAGCUAAAUGAAAGUGAAAACUCAGUCUUUCAAGCAAUCCAUGGCCUCCAGAGAGCUCUACAGGGUGAUUACAAAGAUGUUGUAAAUAUGAAAGAAAGCAGUAGACAAAGGCUGGAAGCCUUGAGAGAAGCUGCAAUUAAGGAAGAAAUGGAAUACGUCGAACUCUUAGCAGCAGAAAAACAUCAGGUUGAAGCCCUUAAGAACAUGCAGCAUCAAAACAAAAGCCUGUCAAUGCUUGACGAAAUUCUAGAAGAUGUCAGGAAGGCAGCUGAUAGAUUGGAAGAAGAAAUAGAAGAGCAUGCCUUUGAUGACAACAAAUCUGUAAGAGGUGUAAACUUUGAAGCAGUUUUAAGGGUGGAAGAAGAUGAAGCCAACUCCAAAAGAAAUGCUUCAAAAAGAGAAGUAGAAGAUGACUUAGGUCUUAGUAUGCUUAUUGAUUCCCAGAACAAUCAGUAUAUCCUUACCAAGCCCAGAGAUUCAACCAUUCCUCGUGCUGAUCAUCAUUUCAUAAAGGAUAUUGUGACAAUAGGAAUGUUGUCUUUGCCAUGCGGCUGGCUGUGCACAACAAUAGGAUUGCCAACCAUGUUUGGGUAUAUCAUCUGUGGAGUACUCUUGGGACCAUCAGGACUAAAUAGUAUCAAGUCUAUUGUACAGGUGGAGACAUUAGGAGAGUUUGGUGUAUUCUUCACUCUCUUUCUAGUUGGUCUGGAAUUUUCUCCUGAAAGAUUAAGAAAGGUAUGGAAAAUAUCUCUGCAAGGACCCUGCUACAUGACAGUUCUGAUGAUUGCCUUUGGUUUACUGUGGGGACACUUGCUCCAAAUUAGACCAACGCAAAGUGUCUUCAUUUCCACUUGUUUAUCUUUAUCAAGCACACCACUGGUGUCAAGAUUUCUUGCAGGUAGUGUUCGAGGAGAUAAAGAAGGGGAUAUUGACUACAGUAGCGUACUACUUGGCAUGUUGGUGAUGCAGGAUGUGCAGCUUGGUUUGUUUAUAGCUGUCAUGCCUACACUUAUUCAAGCAGGAGUGAGCACACAUUCCAGCAUUUUCAAGGAAAUACUGAGAAUACUGAUACUGAUUGGCCAAAUUCUCUUUUCUCUGGCUGCUGUUUUUCUUGUAUGUCUUGUUACAAAGACUUAUCUCAUAGGACCAUAUUAUCGCAAGUUGCAUGCAGAAAGCAAAGGGAAUAAAGAAAUCCUCAUUCUAGGAAUAACUGCAUUCAUCUUCCUUAUGUUAACGAUCACAGAGCUGUUGGAUGUUUCAAUGGAGCUGGGAUGCUUCUUAGCCGGAGCUCUGAUCUCUUCUCAGGGUCACAUGGUUACUGAGGAGAUUAUGUCCUGUAUUGAACCAAUACGUGACUUUCUUGCCAUCAUUUUCUUUGCAUCCAUAGGACUUCAUGUUUUCCCCACAUUUGUAAUAUAUGAACUCACAGUCUUAUUAUUCCUUACAUUAUCCGUGGUCAUAAUGAAGUUUGUCUUGGCAGUGCUUGUGCUUUCUCUGAUUCUUCCAAAGACCAGCCAGUAUAUCAAGUGGAUUGUCUCAGCAGGACUGGCACAAGUCAGUGAAUUCUCUUUUGUUCUGGGAAGUAGAGCACGCAGAGCAGGGAUCAUAUCUCGGGAGGUCUAUCUUCUCAUUCUGAGUGUGACUACUCUAAGCCUUUUACUUGCCCCUGCCCUGUGGAGAGCUGCGAUUAUGAAAUGUGUUCCGAGACCUGAAAGACGCUCAAGCACUUAAGACUUGCACGUGUACAAGAAACAUCUUCUUGCAAGGAAUAUCUUCAUUGCUUAUUCGAUUUCUAUGCACUCAGAAAACAAGAGGUUUUGAGUAGUCAGUCCUCUUAACGUGCACUUGGUUAUAAGCCUUAUACUAACAAACAAAACAAAAUUCAACAUUAGAAAAUAAUUAUCUAAUUUGAAUUGCACACCUCUUACAAAACUUACUUGCUCUCUGACAGAUUAGAAUCUGCUAGGAUUUUUGUUCCUGAUCCAAUCAAUUAUUCAGAGCAUAAAUUAUUUUUUUUACAUAUAGUAUCAUGCAAACU